AUGCCAAGAAUCUCUAUUCCAAAAGUUGUGGGUUUCAAGAAGGAAGCAGAAACAAUCAUAAAACAACUGAUUUAUGGGUCGAAGGAGAGAGAAGUUGUUUUAAUUAUAGGCAUGGGUGGGUUGGGAAAGACAACUCUGGCCAAGAAAGUUUAUGAGGAGAAAAAUGUAGCCAACCACUUUGACAAGCGUGCGUGGUGUAUUGUUUCUCAAGAAUAUGAUUGUAAGAACUUGUUGAAUAAAAUAUAUAAUGAUGUUUGUGGCGACAAGACAGAGAUUGACAAUGUAGCUGAAGAGCUUCGCAAAAGCCUUAUGGGAAGGAGAUACCUCAUAGUGUUGGAUGAUAUUUGGAGUGAGGAAGCAUGGGAAGAGUUGAAUAGAGUUUUUCCCUCAUGUGACAAUGGAAGUAGAAUUGUUUUAACAAGCAGACAAGAAAGUGUGGUUUCUGAUGCCAAACAUAUUUGUCGUCUUCCUUUCUUCACUAUUGAUGAGAGUUUGAAAUUAUUGCAUGUGAAGUUAUUUAAAGGGAAGGGAUGUCCUGAAGGUCUUGAAAAUGUUGGAAGAAAAAUAUCUAAAAAAUGUGGGGGAUUACCUUUGACAAUUGGUUUGAUAGCGGGUGUUCUUGAAAAAGUUGAAAAGUGUGAGCAAAUGUGGCAUGAAUUUCUUCUUACUCUAAACUCACAUGUUGCAUUUGGAGACGGAAUACAAAGCAAUGAUGCGAUAGAGCUUAGUUAUAAGUAUUUAUCAGAUCAUUUGAAACCAUGCUUACUUUACUGCAUUCCCAAAGGAUGA